UUGUUUUACUGUUUCACGGUUGUUUUCGUUGUAAGUGCUCUUUCAAUAGGUCGGUUUCCGCAUGAGAAUCAAACAUAGAAUCAAGCAUUCACCAUUCACUGAAUGCAGAUAUCGUACUGCAUACAUAUCAACCUACGCAGCCUUCGCUUUUUUGCUCAUAGCUUUUGUUACUCCAUACUGGUUACAAUCAUGGCCUAGGCUUCAUACACCUUUUAUCCGCUUAGGAUUGUGGGAAUUUUGUGUCAAUGGUUUUGUGCAACGUCUAGAUCCCAAUAUGAUUUCUUACUACGGUUGCUGGUGGAUUCUUUCUCCGUAUAUGCGAAAAAUAUUCACGGAUUUGGUUCCAUUUUGGUUUUUGAUCAUCCAAGUUAUGGUGACAGUAUCUCUUUGUCUACAGAUAGUAGCAGUGGUCACUCUUAUUGCGUACAUGUGUAAAAGGAUUAGACAUGUGGAACGUCAGUCGUUCUUUAUCUCGUUAAUUACAUUCUGUCAUUCUUGCUCAACAAUUUUAAUAUUUAUAUCAGUGGUUAUUUUCGGUGUGAAUUAUCAAACAGAGACUUGGAUGCCUUAUCCUACAUUGAAUUGGCCAUCUUGGUCAUAUGGAUUUGCAAUUCUUUCUGGUUUCUCUUCAUUACUUUCAGCUGUUUCAUUUGGUCUAUUUAAUAAAGAAUUACGUCGAGAUAUUCAAACACUAGUAUUAGAAUUUCCAAUGAGCACUAAAAUUAAAACACGACGUCGAUGGAAAUUAAUAAAACGUCAUUGGCCAGAAGAAGCUUUACCAGUUAAAACAACAGAUGAGGCAAAAUCAACCUUUCUAUCAGGACAAAAGUAUCAAUCACGUUCUGAUUUAGAAGCACCAAUAGGAUCUAUGGAGAGAUUUAGUGAAGAAUAUAGUUUCAGUGAAAGUAGUGGAAAUAAUUUAGUUCGUGAUAAUCGAAAAAUUAAAAAUUAUCAUGAUGGUAAUCGACAAGACUCUGAAAUUUAAAGAGUAUAUACUUUAUUCAUUGUAAAAGAGCGUCUAAUUUAAUUUCUUUCUAAUUUAGUAUUUUUUCUAAUAAAAAUAUAUCUGUGUUAUAACUUGCA